AUGAAGGACCCCGCCCUCCUGAGCAGCCGGGUCUUGCUGCAUCAUGCCAAAGCUGGUACCAUCAUUGCUCGCCAGGGGGACCAGGAUGUGAGCCUGCACUUUGUGCUGUGGGGCUGCCUGCAUGUCUACCAGCGCAUGAUCGACAAGGCAGAGGAUGUGUGCCUGUUCGUCGCGCAACCUGGGGAGUUGGUGGGGCAGCUGGCAGUGCUCACGGGCGAGCCCCUCAUCUUCACACUGAGAGCCCAGCGAGAUUGCACCUUCCUGAGGAUCUCUAAGUCCGACUUCUAUGAGAUCAUGCGUGCACAGCCCAGUGUGGUGCUGAGUGCCGCGCACACCGUGGCCGCGCGGAUGUCGCCCUUCGUGCGCCAGAUGGACUUUGCCAUCGACUGGACGGCUGUGGAGGCGGGACGGGCUUUGUACAGGCAGGGCGACCGCUCCGACUGCACCUACAUUGUGCUCAAUGGGCGGCUGCGCAGCGUCAUCCAGCGGGGCAGCGGCAAGAAGGAGCUGGUGGGCGAGUACGGCCGCGGGGAUCUCAUUGGGGUGGUGGAGGCGCUGACACGGCAGCCUCGUGCCACGACGGUGCACGCUGUGCGCGACACGGAGCUGGCCAAACUCCCGGAGGGCACCCUGGGCCACAUCAAACGUCGAUACCCUCAGGUCGUAACUCGCCUCAUCCACCUGCUAAGCCAGAAGAUUUUAGGGAAUUUGCAGCAGCUGCAAGGGCCUUUCCCAGGCUCGGGACUAGGCGUCCCCCCUCACUCGGAGCUUACCAACCCAGCCAGCAACCUGGCAACGGUGGCAGUCCUGCCAGUGUGUGCCGAGGUGCCCAUGGUGGCCUUUACUUUGGAGCUGCAGCAUGCUCUGCAAGCCAUUGGUCAGUGGGGGGACGGGGGAGCUGGGGAGGGGGCGGGACCUGGGGGUCUCCAGUGGGCCCCUGGGUUUUGUCUCCCUUGCAGGGGCUGCUCGCACAUCGGCGUGCUGAAGGCAUUGGAGGAGGCAGGUGUCCCUGUCGACCUGGUGGGCGGCACAUCCAUCGGGUCCUUCAUUGGGGCCCUGUACGCGGAGGAGCGGAGCGCCAGUCGCACGAAGCAGCGGGCCCGGGAGUGGGCCAAGGGCAUGACCUCGGUGAUGGAGCCGGUGUUGGACCUCACGUACCCUGUCACCUCCAUGUUCACCGGGUCGGCCUUCAACCGCAGCAUCCACCGGGUCUUCCAGGACAAGCAGAUUGAGGACCUGUGGCUGCCGUACUUCAACGUGACCACGGACAUCACCGCCUCGGCCAUGCGUGUCCACAAAGAUGGCUCCCUGUGGCGGUACGUCCGCGCCAGCAUGACGCUCUCGGGCUACCUGCCGCCGCUGUGCGACCCGAAGGACGGGCACCUCCUCAUGGACGGCGGCUACAUCAACAACCUGCCAGCUGACAUCGCCCGCAGUAUGGGUGCCAAGACGGUCAUCGCCAUUGAUGUGGGAAGCCAGGAUGAGACAGACCUCAGCACCUACGGGGACAGCCUGUCUGGCUGGUGGCUGCUGUGGAAGCGGCUAAACCCCUGGGCAGACAAGAUCAAGGUUCCAGACAUGGCCGAGAUCCAGUCCCGCCUGGCCUAUGUGUCCUGUGUGCGGCAGCUGGAGGUCGUCAAGUCCAGCUCCUACUGCGAGUACCUGCGCCCGCCCAUCGACUGCUUCAAGACCAUGGACUUCGGGAAGUUCGACCAGAUCUAUGAUGUGGGCUACCAGUAUGGGAAGGCUGUGUUUGGGGGCUGGAGCCGGGGCGACGUCAUUGAAAAGAUGCUCACAGACCGGCGAUCUGCCGACCUCAACGAGAGCCGCCGCGCAGACGUGCUGGCCUUCCCCAGCUCUGGCUUCACCGACUUGGCGGAGAUCGUGUCCCGGAUUGAGCCCCCCACGAGCUACGUUUCUGACGGCUGUGCUGACGGGGAGGAAUCGGACUGCCUGACGGAGUAUGAGGAGGACGUAGGCCCUGACUGCUCGCGGGACGAGGGAGGCUCUCCCGAGGGUGCGAGCCCCAGCACUGCGUCCGAGAUGGAGGAGGAGAAGUCCAUUCUCCGGCACCGGCGUUGUCUGCCCCUGGACCCUCCCAGCUCAGCUGCGGAGGCCUGAGGACCUCGAGAGGGGUCCCCCUGGGGCUGGGCUGGGGCUGAGCCCUGUGGGGGUGGCUCACUCCUUCUCUGCCUGCUGCUAUGCCUGCGACCCCCCUGGGUCCCCCUGGAACGCCAGGCCCCUGGGGCCCACACACUGGACUGCCCUGCCCCCAGGGGGAGGGGCCACACUGCACUGAUGACCGUGAUCAGUCACUCCCAAUAAACCUUGCCCUCUUGGAA